GGAACGGGAGAGAGUGGCAAAAGCACGUUCAUCAAGCAGAUGAGAAUCAUUCAUGGAUCAGGUUACUCUGAUGAAGACAAAAGGGGCUUUACGAAACUGGUGUACCAGAAUAUAUUUACAGCAAUGCAGGCCAUGAUCAGAGCCAUGGAUACCCUCAAAAUCCCAUACAAGUAUGAGCACAAUAAGGCUCAUGCACAGUUAGUUCGUGAAGUGGAUGUGGAGAAGGUGUCAACAUUUGAGAACCCCUACGUAGAUGCGAUAAGAAGUUUAUGGAAUGACCCUGGAAUCCAGGAGUGUUAUGACCGACGACGGGAAUAUCAGUUGUCAGAUUCAACUAAAUACUAUCUUAACGACUUGGACCGCAUCGCAGAUCCGGCCUACCUGCCAACUCAGCAGGAUGUGCUCAGAGUUCGAGUCCCCACAACAGGGAUCAUUGAAUAUCCAUUCGACUUACAAAGUGUCAUUUUCAGAAUGGUUGAUGUAGGAGGCCAACGAUCAGAAAGAAGAAAAUGGAUACAUUGCUUUGAAAAUGUCACAUCUAUCAUGUUCCUAGUAGCCCUUAGCGAGUAUGACCAAGUGCUUGUGGAGUCCGACAAUGAGAAUCGAAUGGAAGAAAGCAAAGCACUCUUUAGGACAAUUAUCACAUAUCCGUGGUUCCAGAACUCUUCAGUCAUUCUGUUCUUAAAUAAAAAAGAUCUCUUGGAGGAGAAAAUUAUGUACUCCCAUCUAGUUGAUUAUUUCCCAGAGUAUGAUGGACCACAAAGGGAUGCGCAAGCGGCACGAGAGUUCAUCUUGAAGAUGUUUGUAGACCUGAAUCCAGACAGUGACAAAAUUAUCUACUCCCACUUCACGUGCGCCACAGACACAGAGAACAUCCGCUUUGUCUUUGCUGCUGUCAAGGACACGAUCCUACAGUUAAACCUGAAGGAAUACAACCUGGUGUAGCCGUGCCAGGAGGCCCUCCGAGACCGCCCCCGUGGCUGAGGAUAGGCAAGAGGGACUGUAUUAGCUGUGAAAACAGUUUGCAUAAUACUAAUUUAUUGCCGGCCUGGACUCUGUGAAUGUCCACAGAGUUUGUAGUUAAUAUUAUGAUUUUAUUUAAACUAUAUGGAGGAAAAACAAAAGAUGCUGAAGUACAUUCACAGCACAUUUCCUCAUUUUUUAGGCAAAACCUUGUGACUCAAUGUGUUUUAAAAUUCUCAGUUGUACACUCACAAAGGAUAGCAGUUUUUUGCUACUGAAGCAAAAUCAAGCUGUUUUUCUCUUUCCCUGACCCUUUC